UUGAGUGUGUCAUCUGUCAAUGAAUUUGUUUUCAUGGUUAUCUUCUGUGUACUUUUUGCUGUUUUCACGUGCCGUGAUGUUUGAGAAAUAAAGUGCGAUUUCCGCAGUUAAAUUUACCAGAAAUGUCUAAAUUUCAGCAUCUUGUGGUGGAUACUUCCGCUUUCAUAAAAAAUGUCCAACUGCAGGAGUUCGCUGAAAAGUGCUACACCGUGCAGGGAGUGUUGGACGAAAUCAAAAACGACCGACAGCUGAAACGGUUGGUUGUUCUACCGUACCAACUGGCCGUUCGGGAGCCUGACCCGGAAGUGCUCACACUGGUUACGAAUGUGGCAAAAAAGACCGGCGACUUCGCUACACUGUCCCUGGUGGAUUUGAAAGUACUGGCUCUGACGUACCAACUGGAAAAGGAACACGUAGGCACCACCGAACAUCUCCGCAGUGAGCCAGUGCAUGCGCGAACGGUUUCCUCGGCCAGCAAACCUGCAGAGCUGGCCGGAAUGAGUCAGCUGCAAGGAUUCUAUGGUGGUGGCAAAAAAGAAGGUGAUGAGGCUUCGAUCGUGGAAGUUAGCUCUGAAGAGCGGAAGCUGACGGACGACUUUGCUGAGCUGAGCGCAGCCGAGGUUGAGCAGUUCGAGAAUGGUAUUGUUAAACAAUUGAGUUCCGCAGGGGUUUCACCUGAAACGAAAGAAGAUGAAAAAGAGGAAUCUUCCGACGAGGAAAGUGAUGAAGAGAUGGCAGAGGAGCAGCAAGAUGAUGAUGAUGAUGAUGAAGGCUGGAUCACUCCUUCGAAUAUUAAAGAUGUGAAGCGUGACUAUGGAGUAGACAUACUGGAGGAAAAUCCCUCGCCGGUUGCUUGUAUGACCACCGAUUUUGCGAUGCAAAACGUUCUGAAACAAAUCGGUUUGCACGUGGCUGCUCUUGAUGGGCGGGUUAUCAAGCAAACCAGAACCUACAUCCUUCGGUGUUAUGCCUGUUUCAAAACGACACCGGAUUCUACGAAGGUUUUCUGUCCGAAGUGCGGCAAUCGGACGCUGAAAAAGGUUGCGGUUAGUUUGGACGAUAAUGGGCAGCAGAUUAUUCACAUCAACGCUCGAAGACCGCUAACGGCAAGACGCAAAAACCGCCCGGUCGCUGGCUUCGAGGGAGGAAAGCAUUCGACCAAUCCGCUGCUGUUCGAGGACCAGCCACUGCCUCAGCAAAGAAUUUCCGCUAAGGCUCGUGCGAAGACGGAUGCUCUUGGGGACGACUACACAGCCGGUUAUUCACCCUUUGUUAUGCGGGAUGUCGACUCGCGGUCCGCGAUGCUUCGCGGGAAAUCCAACCUGAAGCAACGGAUGCAGAAUUAUGAGUACGAUAAUCACAGGAGGGGCUACAAGAAAUAGGUUUAUCAGUUAAGCUGUGGAAAAAUAUAUGAUUUAUUACAAAAAGAA